AUGUCAGCUUCACAUCACCCCCAUGACGAUGAUCUCAUCAACGAAGACGACAACGAAAUGUUCGAUCCCGCCGACGCGGCCGAAGAAAUCGAAGAUGUAGACGGAGACGCAGCCAUGGAUUCCGGGGAUGAUGAAGAAGCCCAAGGCGAAGGUGAAAACGAAGAUGAUUUCAUGCAAGAAGAAUACCAACUUCAAAACGAUUCCGUCGCACACAUGGAUCAUCAUAAAGAUUCCAUCUUCUGCAUAGCCCAACAUCCUACACGACCGGAAAUUAUAGCUACGGGUGGUAGUGACGGUGAUGAUGCUCCUGGCGUUGGAUACAUUUUCGAUGCGACGCCCGAACCUAGUCCCGUGCUUCCAGCUAGUUAUCAGAGUAAUCCGAAUGAGCGCGUCGAGAGGAGGGGUUUAGAACCAAUUUUUAAAUUGGAGGGUCAUACGGAUUCGAUUAAUGCGCUGGCAUUUACGUUGCCGGAUGGGAAAUUUCUGCUUUCUGGAGGAUUGGAUGGGAAAUUAAGAGCGUAUGUUACGAAUGGGAGUAAAUGGAAAUUCUACACUGAAGCGCAGGAAGUUGAGGAAAUCAAUUGGUUGAUCGCUUGUCCGUAUGAGAAAUCCCCGAAUACUUUUGCCUUGGGCGCAAAUGAUGGGAGUGUGUGGGUUUAUACUGUCGAUCCAAGUCAGAAGGAUGCUCCGUUGCAGAUGAUGCAGAGUUAUUUCUUACAUACUGAGUCUUGUACUGCGGGGGCUUGGUCACCGGAUGGGAAAUUAUUGGCCACGGUUAGUGAGGAUGGGAGUUUAUAUGUUUGGGAUGUUUUUGGAGAGGCGGCCGCGGCAGGUUUGACGCAAGGAGAGAGUGGACAGACGGUUGUGGGUCUUACGGCAUUGGACCAGAGAUUUGCGGUUGAGGGUGGUUUAUUCAGUGUAGGGAUUGCGCCAACUGGUGCUUUUGUUGCGGUAGGUGGAGCAGGUGGUUCAAUCAAAGUCGUCGGAUUACCUCGAUUAGGAGAUUCUUCUGGAGCAGCCCCAGCUGGAAGAAGUGGUGCAGGCGCUGCAUCGAAAAUUAAAGGUGGAAAACAAGCCGGUGGAAAAGCAAGUGGAACCGCAGCAUCAGCAGGACAAGCCGGUCAAAUCCUCGCAGAUUUACAAGCACAAGGUGAUGGGGUUGAAUCUAUCGCUUUCGCUCAACCACCCUUAACACUCAUGGCCGCUGGUAGCGUAGAUGGUAGCAUAGCUCUUUUUGACUCUGCGCAUCGUUUCGCAGUUCGUCGUCAUAUCAAAGAAGCGCAUGAGGAGUAUAGCGUGGUGAAAGUGGAAUUUGUCAAGAAUGCACAAUCGGGUGGUUGGCUCCUGACGAGUUGUGGUAUGGAUGGUGUGGUUAGGAGGUGGGAUACGAGGGGUGGGACAGGAAUGGCUAAUUCGGGAUUUGUAAGGGAAUGGAAGGGUCAUAGGGGUGAUGGUGAAGGUGGUGGUGUGUUAGGCUUUGUGCAGGGUGAUGGGGGAAAAAUCGUUACGGCGGGUGAUGAUGGUGUGAGUUUGGUUUUUGAGGCAACUAUUUAG